AUGUCUAUAGCUUUAUUAUUAGAAAAGUAUGACGUAUCUUCUGAAGAUGGUCUUCAAAAAGCACUUAAUGAAAUAGAGAAAGAAGAGUCAGACGUGAAUGAUGCUUUAUCAAACGCACUAUCUAAAGCGUGUGUUCUUGAGGGAAGGCUUCGAACUACUAGUGAAGCAUGUACAAAACUGGGUGAAGUAAAAUUUGAAGCCCUGAAUGCAGCUGAUAUGGUUAACAAAACUGCAGCAUUAGCUAGAGGUGUAAGCGCAAAAGUGCGCCAGCUAGACUUAGCUAGAUCCCGAGUUGCAGAAUGUCAGCAGAGGGUAAAUGAUUUGAUAGAUCUAAAAGUAUGCAGUGCUGGAGUUGACGCUGCUAUUAAAGCACAUGAUUAUGAAACAGCUGCUGGACACAUCUCAAGGUUCUUAAGUAUGGAGCCAGCAUCAGUGGCAGCAGCUCGUGCCAGAGGAGAUGCAGAUGUACGGCAGGAUAUAACUGCUGCGGCCAAUACGUUACGAGAUCACCUUAUUAAAAAGUUUGAGGAAGCAGCGGGAAAGGAAGAUGAUGUGUCGGUAGAGAAGUUCUUUAAACUCUUCCCUCAGAUUGGCUGUGCUGAGUUAGGAGUAGAUAUGCUGAGCAAGUAUUUGGCAACACAGCUAGAAAUAAAGCUGCGUCGUUGCAGCGUUGUAUCAGGGGGCGGGGGUGAGGCAGCGCACGCUGACGCGUUGACCCGCGUACUAGAAGCGGGCGCGGCCGCUCUCGAACGUAUACGUGCGUUAAGUGCGGCUAAUGGCCCCACACUACCGGCCGCUUUGAAACGAAUUCAACCCCCAAUAUGUGCUGCUGUACGCACUGUUAGCCGCUCCUUGCUUGCUGCCCGACGAUUGCCUGAACCCAAAUCAUCGUUGGCCGUCGAACCUGCACUAAAUGAACUAGCGAUGGCCCAUCAACGUAUCUACCUGUACUUUGCAUUUCUAAGAAGACGGAUUGAUUUAAGUGCUAUGGACGAAACAGCGCGUAACAUUUGUGUUGAGUCGGUGGAAAAGAUCAUAGCUGACAGUGAUAUGACGAGAACUGCCCAAGAUAUCCUGAGCCAUUAUCUUACACUGGAGAGGUAUUAUUUAGAAGAAAGCGUCAGUAAGGCGCUGAAGCUGUCCACGCCGCAGCCAGGUGUCACGACUUCCAGUUUAGUGGAUGAUGUCUUCUUUAUUGCCAGGAAGGUGAUCAGGUCAGUAUAUUUGUGUGUUGCUCUAUAA